AUGCCGUUAUUUAGUGUUAAGGGAUGGGGCUUGGAUAACGAGAAAGUGGCGCCUGGAGUGUCUAAAUCAACAAAAGGCAAAAAACAGAAAAGUGAAAAAGUCAAUAAAGUGAAAGAUGACAAAAGACAAGGUAGUAAACAUAAGAUGAUGGAUUCGGAGAAAGAUGAUGAUACCAGGAAGCAUAAAAAGCAGAAACACAAGGCAGAUCAAAAGAAGCCGAUUGCGGGAAAGAAUAUAGGGAAACAGCAAGUAUAUUCUGAUCAGCAUGAAAAGACAGAUGAUGACAGUAAUAAAAAAGAAGAUGUUGCACCACCUAAAGCACCAAUGAAUAUGGAUGUGUCAAAACUUACGCCAUUGCAAAAGAAAAUGUUAAGCAAAUUGUCUGGGUCGAGAUUCAGAUGGAUAAAUGAACAGUUUUAUACCACGGAUUCGGACAAAGCAUUCGAAAUCAUUCGAAAACAACCUGAUUUGUUUGAAGAGUAUCACAAAGGAUUCAGAUCACAGGUUGAAUCGUGGCCGGAAAACCCGGUGGACUUGUAUAUUAAGCGUUUGGUGUUCAGGGGGGUCUCAAAGCCGGCUAAUUCACCAGGUGGACUUCCUGGCUUGAGAAAUGAUAAAAAGAGAACUGUUGUUGUUGCAGAUAUGGGAUGUGGUGAAGCAGAACUAGCAACACAGGUUGACAGAAAAGACCACAAGAAGGCUUUGAAAGUGUUCAAGAAGAAGUACGGGGGAGAUAAGUUUGUUUCUGCAAGAAAUAAGAGAAUCGAGAUAAAAGUGCAUUCUUUCGAUCUAGACAAAGUCAACGAUAAUGUGACAGUUGCCGAUAUAAAGAAUGUUCCAAUGGAUGACGAAUCAUGUACAGUUGUUGUUUUCUGUCUUUCUCUAAUGGGAACAAAUUUCUUAGACUUUAUUAAAGAGGCAUAUCGAAUUCUCACACCUGGAGGAGAGCUCUGGAUAGCAGAGAUUCAAUCCCGGUUGGCCGAUAGUACGGGAGAGGAGUUUUCCAAUACGAUAACGAAGCUUGGCUUUAGACAUAAGCAAACUGAUACUUCCAACAAAAUGUUUACGAGAUUCGACUUUUUCAAACCAUUAAAGCCUGAAAGAUUGGAUGUUCAAAGCAUACAGGGAAUAAGGGAAAGCGGGAAUGAGGGCCAGUGGCUUUUGAAGCCAUGCAUUUAUAAAAGGAGGUGA